AUGCGGAGCAAGAAAAGGGGUUCGAUUCAUCCCAGUUCGUCGUGUACAAGAUCCGAUGAUGAAGGGCUUAGAUUAAUCCUCAGACAACGAAUAUCGAAUAAUAUUUUGGUUAAUAAGCCCGUUUUGUUGCACGAUCAAACUUCGAAGCCUGCUUGUGAUCAGUUAAAUUAUUGCUAUCUCAAAUCGUGUCAUCUUUGCCGCAAGCCUUUGAGUAUGAAUAAAGAAAUUUAUAUGUACAGUGAUUUGGGAUGUUGCAGCGUGGAAUGCAGAGAGAGGCAAAUUUAUCUGGACGAGACGGAAGAGAUUGAGAUGUCAGCCCAGAUGAUAUUGUCAACUUUACGGCAGCGUAGCCGGCCCGACGGCGGCGGAGGACGGUGCGAGACCCGCCGGAUCUUGGAGGAUUUACGGAUGCGCCGCGGCGCUUUUACGGAGCAGGAGAGUCCGGUUAUUUUCUUGUAG